AUGCCUCGGCAGUUACCCGACAUAAAAAAGUUUUUGAUCACAGCUAGGAGGAAAGAUGCCAAGUCGGUGAAAAUAAAGAAGAAUCCAGAUAACACAAAAUUCAAGGUUCGAUGCAGCAAGUAUUUGUAUACGUUAGUGAUUACCGACAAUGAAAAAGCGGAAAAAUUGAAGCAGUCUUUACCACCAGGUCUUCAAGUAAAAGAAUUGAAGUGA